AGACACCAUUUGCACCUGUAUGAUAAGAGCAACCAAGAACACAAACCCAGAACACACACACACACACACUCAUAUGUUCAUACACACAUUUUUGUUGUUAUAUUUCUUAAUAGCCAUAUAGGGUAUUUUUUUACUCUGAUUAGUUUGAUUGGAUGCCAAGGGCAUCCUGUAUGUUGUUGUAUGAAUCUGUCUUGUAUAAAUAUGAGCCGUCUUCCUUUAUAAAGUUGAGAAUUUUAUGGUAGUGCAUUCUCUGUGUCUGCUUGAUCCAUUAAUUAAUUUCAUCAGUAUCUUGAUCCAUCAGGCCAGGUCUGCAGCAAUGCAUCACCUCAUUUUCAUGAUGUUUUCACUGCUACUCAUUACUGGGCUGCAGGUGAGCAUUCAGACUGUCGAAAAACGUGUUGAGCGAAGCAUGGACAGAUAUUAUAUAUCGGAGCUGACUGUGCCGAAUGGAGGGGGCUGGGGGUCUUGGGGUCAGAGGGAAAUGUGUCCAGCUGGAACGUACGCCGCAGGAUUUAGUCUAAAGGUGGAAGCACCUAUUGAUGGUGAUGACACUGCACUCAAUGGGAUCCGUCUUCACUGCAUUGCGUCUAAAGCCUCAUCAAACUCGUUUCGCAGCUACUCCACAGUUCAGUCAGAUGUAGGCAGCUGGGGUCAAUGGACAGAUAUCGCAUGGUGUCCUUCUGGAUUCUUGACUGCGUUUCAGCUGAGAGUCGAACGCUCUCAAGGAGAUGGUGACGAUACGGCCGCAAACAACAUCAUAUUCAGAUGCAGUGAAGGGUAUUUACUUGGUGGCGGCACAAACUGGGGCGGCUGGGGCUCCUGGAGUCAACAAUGUGGAGGAAAAGGGAUUUGUGGUCUCAAGACACGGAUUGAACUGCCUCAAGGACGAGGAGAUGACACCGCUCUCAAUGACGUGAUCAUGUUCUGCUGUGAUUAAGGUGAUGUUAACACAAUCAAACACUCGGAUCAGAGCAACACUGUUUGGAAGAUCUAGUUUAUCUGAGUUUGGCUUUUCUUUCAGGUGUUAGAGGACGACAACAAGAACAGAAAGAUCAGAUGGAUCAUAAUUGAUCAGCAUACUGUUAUGAGCUCAAUUUAACCAUGUAAUGCAAUAGCUAAU